UCCUGGGCCGGGGCCGUCUGCGCGGAGAUCCCGGCGCGGGCCCGCGGCCGCCGCCGAGGAGCCGUGGGCACGAUGACUUUGCACCCGCCUCCUCGGUGACCGGCCUGCCAGAGACUGGCCCCCGCCGGCCGCCGUCGGGCAUCCCCGCGCGGCCUGGACGGCGGGCCCGGGCUCUGGGACCCACCGGGUCGGUGCGAGGGGUGGGGGCGGCUUGCGGCCCUGCGAGCCCAUUCGGGAAAGUGGAGCUGCAGGGAAAGUCCAAGUCUUGUGGCGCCGGCGCCGGGCGUGGAGGUGGCUGUGUGCACAGUCUGAUCCGAAACCCGCCGUGGCCUGACUGCUGUGCUCAGGGCCACCUUUCUGUUUCUCCUGCGUGUUGGAGUCGACACCCGGCAGGAAUUACAUAAAGUUCAGAAGCCAUGUCUCGAAGGUAUGACUCCAGGACCACCAUAUUUUCUCCAGAAGGUCGAUUGUACCAAGUGGAGUAUGCCAUGGAAGCUAUUGGACACGCGGGCACCUGUUUGGGAAUUUUAGCCAAUGACGGAGUACUCCUUGCCGCAGAGAGGCGCAACAUCCACAAGCUUCUUGAUGAAGUCUUUUUCUCUGAAAAAAUUUAUAAACUUAAUGAGGACAUGGCAUGCAGUGUGGCGGGCAUCACAUCUGAUGCUAACGUUCUGACUAAUGAACUAAGGCUCAUUGCUCAAAGGUAUUUAUUACAGUACCAGGAGCCAAUUCCAUGUGAGCAGUUGGUUACAGCACUGUGCGAUAUCAAACAGGCUUAUACACAGUUUGGAGGAAAGCGUCCCUUUGGUGUUUCUUUGCUGUACAUUGGCUGGGAUAAGCACUACGGCUUUCAACUCUAUCAGAGUGACCCAAGUGGAAAUUACGGGGGAUGGAAAGCCACGUGUAUUGGAAACAACAGUGCUGCAGCCGUGUCAAUGUUGAAACAAGACUACAAAGAAGGAGAAAUGACCCUGAAGUCGGCACUUGCUCUUGCCAUCAAGGUGCUGAAUAAGACGAUGGACGUCAGUAAACUAUCAGCUGAGAAAGUGGAAAUCGCCACACUAACAAGGGAGAAUGGGAAGACCAUGAUCAGAGUCCUCAAGCAGAAGGAAGUGGAACAGUUGAUCAAAAAACACGAGGAGGAAGAGGCCAAAGCUGAGCGGGAGAAGAAGGAAAAAGAGCAGAAAGAAAAGGAUAAGUAGACAAAGUCACGGAUUCUGCGUUCCUUGGAGGCACAAUUCAGUGAGGAGCUGUCCUGGCCUUCCACCCCGGAAAGGGUCUUUGCUGGUUUUUCUUCUUUAACUUGCCCAUCGAGGAAAGAGGACAUACUGAAUUGGGUCCUUGUCCUGUCUGUCCAGUUGGAUGCUUUAUUGUAAUGAUGGACAUCUUUAUAGACAUCUUAAUCUCAACACAUAAUUUUUUGGAAUAAAACUUGGAAAGAUUGGUUAUGGUGAA